UAAAUACCAAAUGCACAAAUACUUCUCCAAGCACUUGUCCAACUCCUUUAACCAUAAACCACUCUCACACCCCUUUUCUCCAAGCACUUCUUCUAACUCAUUAUCAAGAUUUUCUCUUAAACAACAUUAUGGUGAAGGUGGUGAUAAAAGUGUCAAUGAAUAGCCCGAAGUCCAGGUCAAAAGCUAUGAAGAUUGCAGUUGGAGUUUCAGGAGUGGAAACUGCAGCUAUUCAAGGGGAAAACAAGGAUCAAAUAGCGGUAACUGGAGAACGGAUUGAUUCAGUUUGUCUCACAUCACUUCUAAGAAAGAGUUUUGGCCAUGCAGAACUUGUGAGUGUUGGCUCUGUGGAAGAGAAGAAAGAAGAGGGAAUUACACUACCAAUAGUGUGGCCUUAUGUGAGUGGUGUUCCUCAGUACCCAGUCUAUGACAUAAGGCACCCAUCUCAAUAUCAGGAACCUAAUUGUUCCAUCAUGUGAUCAAGAGACUUUUCAAAGGAAGAAUGAUAGCAAGAAAACAUACAUUGAAUAGGCUUUUUAAUUUAUGUAGCAUUGUUGCAACCAAAUCCUUCUACUGUCUGCAACAUGUUGGACCUCGUUUCAUCGAUAAGCAUAAGACAAAAUGUUAACAAAACAUUAAAAAAAAAAAAUGCUACUAGAGUUAUAUAUUGUAGAAAGAAAAAGAAAAAGAAAAAAAGAGAGAGCGUGAAAGUAGAAGAGAUAAAACAGUUAUAUUUUGAGCAUGUAUGGUGUGAUAUGGGAGAGGGUUUCAAUGAUUUUAUGCAAUAUUUUAUAUUUGUAGGAUGUAACAAAUAAAGUAAAAUGCAAAUUUUGAAACCUGAUCAGGGUUACGGGUUAUGUUGAAUUUGUGGUCUCAAUUGUUAAGGUUUCAUGCAGAAAUAAAAUUUAUGCAAACAGAGGAAUACAGAGCGGGAAAAG